UAUAUACUUGUGUAGUUUUAAAUUGUAAAAAUGCUUUUUGUUACUUGUUAGUAUAUAGUAAGAAGAAUACGAAUCGAACUCGAAAGUUUUAUAUUACAUGACAAAUUCGUAAAAAACAAUAAAAUAAUUUUUUUUAAAGAAAAAUAAAAUAAUAUAAAAAUAUUUUAGUCGGUGGUUUACCUUCACUUAUAUGUACGUAGUUCGUUCGAUAGGCUUCAAAACUUAACAAGUGAAAACGAAAAUUCAACAGUCAGACACGAAAAUAUAUAUACGUCGAUAAAAGACAAAACCAUCUAAAAAACAAAACAGAAAAUGGAAAGUUCUAAGCAAAAACGAUGUCACUCUAGCGUAGUCGAGACCAUCGAAGCACCAUUACCACUAGUGUGGUCAAUCCUACGUAGUUUCGACAAACCACAAGCUUAUCAACGUUUCGUCAAAAGUUGCACCAUGCGCUCCAGUGGCGGUGGCGGCAAAGGAGGAGAAGGAAAAGGCUCCGUCCGGGACGUGACGUUAGUCUCCGGCUUCCCGGCGGAUUUCAGCACGGAGAGGCUCGAAGAGCUAGACGAUGAGUCUCACGUGAUGGUGAUAAGUAUCAUUGGCGGUAACCAUAGACUUGUUAAUUACAAAUCGAAAACGACGGUGGUCGCGUCGCCCGAGGAUGUGACAGAGAAGACGGUGGUGGUGGAGAGUUACGUGGUGGAUGUGCCGGAAGGAAAUAGCGAAGAAGAUACGAAAUUUUUUGUUGAUAACAUUAUUCGGUAUAACCUUACUUCACUUGCUAAGCUCACAAAGAAGAUGAUGGGGUAAGCUAUGUAUGUUUAAACUAUAAUCAAUAAACUAAUUGUAGUUAUAGUUAU